UAGAAUGCGUGGAUAUAGACCCGCGUACGCUUUUGGGGUGGGAUAAACUUGCAGAGAGCCUCGGAAGUUUGACGAUAAGAAAGAGUGGGAUGGAAGACUUCACCGAUCUUUUCGUAGUCUCUGUUCUAGAGGAUGAACGGGAGCGAGAAGAGAGGAUUAGUAUUACGAGGCGGAGGAUGGGAUCGCGUGUGCUCCCGAGGCAGGCCUCCUUUCACAGCACUCUCCUACCAGCGUCUGUUCCAGAAAGUGUAGAGGACCUUCAGACACCCACAGCGGAGAAUAUUCAAUUGCCACCGCCACCAUUAGCCGCCUCACAGCUGUCACCAUCGAAGUGGGCAUUUUUGAAGCACUUAUCGCUAGCGGAUAAUGCAAUGACUUUUUUGUCAAUGGAACCUUUGACUUGCCUCGCUUCGCUAACUCAUCUUGAUCUAUCGUCAAAUCUCCUAGUGUCAGUACCUCACGGAUUGUCUGUUCUCCACAAUCUGGUAUCGCUUAACCUCUCUGACAACAUGAUCGAUUCUGUCCUGGGUAUCUAUACGCAGCUAGGUCAAGUUCUUACCAUCAAUCUCUCCCGCAACAGACUAGAGUCUCUCUGUGGCCUAGAACGUCUUAUGGCCUUGGAACGUGUCGAUCUUCGACACAAUUACAUAGUGGAAAGUGGGGAGGUUGGCAGGUUAGCAACCGUUCCAAAUAUCACAGAAGUCUGGGUGGAAGGUAAUCCUUUGGCCUACCAUGAGGACAACUACCGCAUAAACUGUUUCGAUAUUUUCUUGAAAGAGGGGAAAAACAUUCAAUUGGAUGGCACACCGCCAAGCUUCUCUGAGAGGCGAACGUUAACGGUUGCUCCUGACCAGAUUCCGGCCUCCCGUUCUGUACCCGCUGUACCCUCCCCAUCAGUGGUUGCAGUAGGCGUUCAUACCUCCACUUCUGCUCCCGAUAUGCCAUCUACCCCACAACUCUCACCUUCGGCAUCGUCACCAGCUUCACGGAACGCAUCUCCUAUGUUGACGGCAGUUGUAGCAGGAAAGUCCAGACGAAAGAGGAACAAGCGAAUAGUGGACUUGGAUGGUGAUGCAGAUCAUAGUGAUGCUUCGGUUGCGCAUAGCGGUUUGCGUUCCCAUAAUAAACCGCACGGAGACUCGAGCGUGAAAGCCAGCUCGGAACGGGAACGACCGCACGAUCCUCCCUCACAGCCCUCACAGGCAUCUGCCGAGACUACGUUGCCUCCUCACUCAAGACAUAGGAGACGUAAUACAGAUCAUUCGUCGGCUUCCGCUGCAGAUGAUUCUGCACCUAUGUCUGCUCAUUCUGGAUCGCUUCGACGUAUAUCGCGCGACGCGAGGGCCUUGUCACCAGUGCGAAGGUCGUAUAUGUCCACGUCGAUUUAUGAGCCUCCAACCUCAAACUCAGCUACAUCGGAAAGCAAAAUCGAAGAAGCGGAGGCCUACCGUGCGCGGAUCGAGGCGCUGCGUUCUGACAUGGGGGAUGGUUGGUUGAAGGUUUUCAGUCAAAGCCAACUAGGGGCUCCGACUAGGGUGGGACGAAGGUAGUAAUAGUGGGGAGUAAUAUGGUCUUUAGUGUGCUAUUGGCUCUACAUCCCAAGAUUAUGAUCCUUUCGUUUUUGUUUGGUAUACCCACUUUCUAUUUUGUAUGUCAGUAGCCCCCGACUCGGAUUCUGCGUGUGUGGAUAUGUACUUAUUGCUCCUAUCUUGAUAACUUUUGGCAUAAUAUAGCAACCGCUGGAUAUUUUUUUCUCUUA